CAGGACAGAAAAGUGCGCCGUUGUAACCCGCAGAUCAGUGUGGACUGUAGUGCUACAUUCCAAAUGUCACCCUAUUUGUCUGGUCAAAACUAGUGCAUUUUGUAGUGAAUAGGAUGCCAUUUGGGACAGAUCCUCUCGACCCAACUUUACCACUUCUCUGUUCAGUUUAGCAUGAAACCAGUUCUCAGCCAGGUCUCAUAGACUAGACGUAACAUAGUAAAUGUAAAUCCUUGACACUCAAAUUAGUAUGGUUUCUUUUACAUGUGGUACGUUUGGUAUAAGAUCUAUGGUUACUUCAGGAAAAAAUGGAAGUUGGGUGGUUGGCUGGGCAUAUAACAUGAAUGUCUAGCAACCUAAAGGUUGUGAGUUCGAAUGUUGUCACGGACAACUUUAGCAUUUCAGCAAAUGUUUGAGUAUUUACUUUUUUAGCUACUUUGCAACUACUUAGUGUGUUCGCAAAUCCUUCCCCUAACCUUAACCCUAUAACAUAUCAUAAUAAAUAAGAGUGUUUUGGAUUUGCAUACAGAAUAAUACGAAUUGCUCUUUGACCAGGUUGGUGUUCUGCAAUAGCCAGGUAUGGAUUGGGAUCCCCAGAGAAAUAGCCUCAGGCAUUACUAAUACACCAUUCCAUUUUUCUCCUUGAGGUUCCCAUACUUGCCCAUUAUUAGCACUCUGGCCAGCCUGUUUUUCAAAACACCCAAAUAGUAUUCUAACUAGGCCCUUAUCAAUCUAUAAGAACAGAAUAUAUUGUCCACAGUCACUAAAUUAGAUUUCUUUUGAGAUAUCAUUUGAAAUGUUUUAUGUUGCUGUGCCUUAGUACCAAAAGCCUAUGUUGAGUGGAAUCAUUUGCAUUCCCUAUGCAAAGAUAGGCUACCCUUUUUUUUUUAGAACUGCAUGCAAUAAACCGCAGAUGGACAAUGGCACAUCACAUAUCUUGCCCGAGAGAACUUUGAAUUUCCUGUUCUACAGAACCUGUCACUGUGACGCAAGUCUAAUUAGUGAUGCAAUUGUUGUGCUUGGAUUAUUGUUUUACUGUCAAUGAUGCUUUGCCAUACACACCAUGCACGUGGGAACGGGUUGAGAAAAGAGUAGUUAUUUUGUGUGAAUGUUGUUUGAAUGGAUGCUUUCUCACUCGUUGAUGAAGCAAACAAUGGGUGACUCACGUCUGAAGUUUCCCCCUCGACACAUCACAACUGAGUGUGGUAUUCGAGCAUAUUUUUGUGGUCGUCAGCAAUCUCUUAAUCAGCACUGCAAAGAAACAGCUUGUGUGUGUGAGAGAGAAAUAUAAUGCAUCAAAAGAGUUGCAGAGCGUAUCAAAACCAUAAGAUUGCAUUGAGGAAUGAGGAUAUGAACUGCUUUUAUUCCCCAGGUCCACUUUAAAAAAAAUAUAUAUACUGUUUUUACACAUUUUGGGUUGGGUUGAGGUCCUUUUAAUUGGUUUCUUCUGAAACUUCUUCUUCUGCUAUAUCACCAAUAAUCAGUAGUCAGUGUAUUAACAAGGCCAGAUAACCUUAUCUUUAAUCUGUCAAAUGCUUUUCAUCCCCAGUUCAACUGACUAGUGGGUGUAACUGCAGGCGUGUCAGUGUGCUUGAAUACCCACCAAUCAUAACUACACUGAUCACAACCAGGCCAGCAAGUCUCCCAAGGUGGACUCAGCAGUGGAGAGAGAAUUCUCAGUUAAGUGUUGUAUACAGGAAUUCAGAGUCAAAGUGGACAAAGUGUCAGAAGCAGAAUCCGAACUGUCAAGAUGACCAAUUCUACCAGCAGCCCCGGCUACUGCCCUCUCAUCCAGGCCAUGGUGAACGCCAGCGUACCCUCCAACUCCUCGGCUGAGGUGGGGGCUCUGAGCCUGGCCACGGUGUGUCUCCACGGCCUGGUCUCCUCCUUCGGCAUCCUGGAGAACAUCCUCAUCCUGGGGGUUGUGGGUUUCCGUGUCCGCCGUACCGUCAUCAGCGUGUGGAUCCUCAACCUGGCUGCCUCGGACCUCUUGGCCACAGCUUCACUCCCCUUCUUCACCAUCUUCCUGGCCCGUGGAGGCACCUGGACCCUGGGCACCACCUUCUGCAAACUCCACUCCUCCAUCUUCUUCCUCAACAUGUUCGUCAGCGCCUUCCUGCUUGCGGCCAUCUCUCUGGACCGCUGUCUGGUGGUUCACAAGCCCGUCUGGGUCCACAACCGGAGGAACGUGCAGCUGGUCGGCAGGGUAUGUGGAAUCAUCUGGGCCCUGGCUGUGCUCUGUACGGUACCGUACUACCUGUUCCGGGAUACUAUUCAUCGGCAUGACGGGAGGGUCAUGUGUUACUAUAACUACGCUCAGUAUCUCCCAGUUAGGGAGUUUGACCUAAAAGAUCUGUGUGAGGCUCGCCAGGAUGCCCUGGCCUUCUCUAAGCUCCUCCUGGCCUUCAUUCUUCCCCUGGUGGUCAUUGUGUGGAGCUAUGUAUCAGUGACCAUUGGUAUCGCGCGGCGUGGCCGCAACCGGCACCCUUUCCGCUUCGUUAGACUAGUGGUAGCAGUGUUGAUGAGCUUUGUGGUCUGCUGGGCUCCAUACCACGUCUUCAGCGUCCUGGAGGCUGUAGCUCAGUAUCGACCCUCCCUCCGGGGCCUCGUGGCCAGCGGCCUGCCCCCCACCGCCAGCCUAGCCUUCCUCAACAGUGUGCUAAACCCCAUCCUCUAUGUGUUCAGCUGUCCGGACCUGUGCCAUAAGAUCAGACAGUCCCUUGCGGCAGUAAUGGAGAGCGUGCUGGCGGAGGACCUAGGGGAGUGGUCACGGCGACAAAGCACGCAGAGAUCUUCCAGCAGUACCUCAGAGCUGCUGCUGAGGGGGAGGAGGUCCCUCAACAAUGCCCCCAGCCUGAGAGGAAGAGACUUCAGGGCGGAGGAGGAGGCGGCACAGAAGACGAAGGAACCACACCCUGCUAACUGAGAAGGUGUUGUGUUAAUGACAGUUCCAAAGCCAGGUUCGCGUCUAGGUUCUGCAACAGUGGGAUACAUAAUGAUGCGUUUAUAAAUCAUUGUAUUUUGAAUCCGUGUUAUGUACAGCAUAGACACCAGAAGGAUUGAGGAAUAUAUCUUGUGUGUUUUGCAAUGGUUUCAGUAGUGUUAAACCAAAGGCUCAGCAAUGUGCUAGUAUGCUUUUAUAUUUGCUUUUUGCUUUUGUACGGUACCCAUUCCAAGUAGGCUCUGAUGCACCCCUUUUCAAUUGCAGACUUGCCUGCUAAUGUAAAUGGUGACCCACUGGUCUCGCUUUGGCAAGUCACUACUAGGGAAUUUCUGGACGCUCUUAGUUAUUGAUGGUAAAAGUCCACUGGGGCAGACAUGCUUGACCCAAGUAUUCUACGACUUGCUGUACAUAUGAUUGUGGAACCCUUGACACAUAUCUUUUUAAUCUAUGAUCCCUGCUAUCUUCGUAAUUAUCACACAAUCUCAAAACGUUCAUGUCUAGCGAAGAUAUUAGAAGUCUCUGUAAAGUCUCAGCUGCUCUCCUUUUUUAGAUGGAUAAUCUAUUCCGAAUGCUCACCAGUCAGGCUUUAGGCCAGUACAGAGCACCACCUUGGCUGCUUUAUAUGGUUAACGCGCUAGGAAACAGGAAACGGCACCGCUCUGCCCUUUUAUAUUGGUCUGUUGAAAGCAUGCGAUAUGGUUGAUCAUGCACUCCUGCUACGGAGGCUAUCUGAAAUGUGUGUAGACCAACUGGCCUGUAGCUGGUUCAAAAAUGAUCUACACGACAGACGUAAAUGUACACUGAGUGUACAAAACAUUAGGAACACCUUCCUAAUAUUGAUUUGCACGCUCUUGUCCUCAGAACAGCCUCAUUUCGUUGGGUGAUGGAUUCUACAAGGUGUCAAAAGCAUUCCACAGGGAUGCUGGCUCAUGUUGACUCCAAUGCUUCUCACAGUUGUCAAGUUGGCUGGAUGUUCUUUGGGUGGUGGACUAUUCUUGAUACACACGGGAAACUGUUGAGCAUGGAAAAACCCAUCAGUGUUGCAGUUCCUGACUCAAACCAGUGUGCCUGGCACCUACUACGAUACUCCGUUCAAAGGCACUUAAAUAUUUUGUUUUGCCCAUUCACCCUUUGAUUGGCACAUACACACUCCAUGCUUCAAUUGUGUCGAGACUUAAAAAUCUUUCUUUAACCUGUCUCCUCUUCAUCUACACUGAUUGAAGUGGAUUUAACAAGUGACAGCAAACAGGGAUCAUAGCAUUCACCUGGAUUCACCUGGUCAGUCUUUGUCAUGGAAGGAGCCGGUGUUUGCAAUGUCUUGUACACUCAGUGUCUGUCUGCUGAUGGAGUUCAGUCUAUUUUUUUAAAUAUUUUUUUUACAUAACCAAGGAGUGCCACAAGGCUCAAUACUAUGCCUUUUACUGUUCACUAUUUAAAUUAAUAAUGUUUGUCCCUAAAUAAUAAAAAUGGGCUUACAUCUC